AUGGCAAAUACAUUCAAAUUUCUUGGUCUUCUUUUGGUUUUGAACACAUUGAUCUACUCAAAUGGUCAAUUCGUCCAUGUGCCUAGAAAUCCGGCAGACCUUCAAGCAGCUUUGAAACAACAAUUCACUCUAUCGUGUCAAUAUGUCGGUCGUGAUACUAGUGGUGAAUUUCUUGAAUGGUAUAGAGACACUAUGCCUGUAAAGGACGAAAAACCAGGACAUUAUGUGGUAAAAACCUCGGAUAAAGAAUCCAACUUAACGAUAAAAAUCUUCGUUAAAAACGACAGUUUAGUACGCUCAUGGUCUGUGAAAACAAAGAAACCUACAUCGGGUGGAAUUGCAUGUCGAUUCAAUCAAAUCCGUCUCAUACAGUCACCACAAAGGAUAACUACUGAUAAGGAAGUAUUAGACGCAUCGGAUAGUUCUGUACGACGAAUUGAAGGCGAAUCUGUCAAUUUUGCAUGCAAUGUUGAACCUGAAGAUCAAACAUCCUAUCGACCUAAACGAGUUCGAUGGGAAUUUAGUACUGACAAUCAUAACUUCGGCCCUUUACCUACUGGAAUAGAGGAAACUGCAGACAAUCGUUUUAUUUUAAAAAUUAAAGAGGUAAAAAAAAUUCAUCGUGGCUACUAUCGAUGUGGACUGAAUAACCGAUAUUUUACCGUUUUACUGCGUGUGAAAGAUCGACUUGCUGCUCUCUGGCCAUUUUUGGGUAUUGUUGGCGUUGUUCUCAUCUUAGUCUUCAUUAUAUUAGUCUUUGAAAAACGUCAAAAAACAACGCGAAAGGCAGCAGCAACAACAAAUGAUGAAGAUAAUACUCGAGACCCUCUUGUUCGCACAACAAAUAAAUCAUCAGAUAACGACAACAAGAAACAUGUAGUCAAAGCCUAG